AUGACGGCAGAAUCAUCCAAAUCUCAAAGUCCUGCCUCUGCCUCUGCCUCGCGCGAUGACUGGGAUGUCUCUGAAGCUGGACCGUUGCUUGCGCGUUUCGUUGGCGGGGGUCAACUUGCCCCAGAUGCCGACACCGAAGCCUCAACUCUGAUCGGCACCGCGUCGCCAGCCGACUAUGGAGCUGUAACUUCCUCUGGUGAUGGCACGGCAGAGGAAGCGGGUGUCGCGAAGCCGGAGGGCACACCGCUGCCCAAACUCCAGGUCUUGCUGCUCUGCUACGCGCGUGUGAUGGAGCCGAUUGCCUUCUUCUCCAUCUUUCCCUUCAUUGCGCAGAUGGUCCAGGAGAAUGGCAAUCUACCCAAGAGUGAUGUUGGUUUUUACAGCGGCCUUAUCGAGUCACUUUUCUCGGCUACCCAGAUGACGGUGCUUCUCAGCUGGAGUCGGCUCGCUGAUCGUAUUGGUCGGAAGCCUGUUCUUCUCAUCACGCUUUUUGGCACGGCUGUUGGGCCUGUGUUAUUUGGCAUGUCCAAGACGAUCUGGCAGAUGAUCCUGUUCCGAUGUAUAGCGGGUCUGUUUUCUGGCUCUGGCCUCGUCAUCAGGACUAUGCUCUCUGAACUCAGCACCCCUGAGACACAGGCCAAGGCCUUCAGCUGGUUCGCAUUUGGUGGAAACAUAGGAAUCUUCUUGGGCCCUAUAAUCGGCGGCGCCCUUGCAGACCCAGCUCAUCAAUUUCCACGAGCGUUUGGAAAUGUCCAGUUCUUCAUCGACUAUCCCUACGCGCUGCAAGGUGUUGUUGUUGGACUGAUCAGCUCUACAAGCUGCAUUACAACCGCUUUCCUUCUCAAAGAGACACUUCAUGAGCCGAAAAAGGCUCGCCAUGAAGAGAAUGGCCAGCCUCGAAUGUCAACUUGGGAACUCGUCAAGUCUCGCCAAGUGGCCCUCGUUCUUUGGGCUUACAGCCAUGCCAUGUUCCUCGCCUUCGUGUUCACGGCCAUUCUUCCUGUCGUUCUUUACACCCCUAUUGAGCUUGGAGGCACAGGCUUCAACGCAUUCCAGAUCUCCAUUUACAUGGCCAUCCAAGGUGCCAGCCAAGCCAUCUGGUUGCUCAUCGCCUUCCCCAUACUGCACCGACGUCUUGGUACGCGCGGUGUCAUGAAAAUCUGUGGAUAUGCAUACCCCUGGUUCUUCGUUGGAUUCAUCAUUCUGAACACGCUUCUACGUGCAGACACGCACGCUACGACGGUCAUUUUCUGGAUCUUGGGCGCAGUGGUCACUAUCGUUGGACCUGGCGUCUCCAUGGCAUUUACAGGCGUGCAGCUAGCUCUCAACGACGUUGCGCCAGAUCCUCAUUUCUUGGGCACGCUGAAUGCUCUGGCCCUGAGUCUUGCAAGUGGUAUAAGAGCCAUUGUGCCAGGUGCCGCAACGGCCAUUUAUGCCGUGGGUGUUCGUGGGCAGAUCUUCUGGGGUCAUUUCGCGUGGGUGAUAAUGAUUCCUUGUGCUGUGGGUUUUACUGUGGCUUGUCAGUACAUACCCGAGGGAAAGAAGUCUUCAAAGGAUGAUAAUGAAGACGACGAGAACGAAUCGUGA